AUGUGUUCUACAAAUAUGGCCAUCUACGCGGCCAAGAAUGGACAAUUUUUAGCGAAAAACUUCCCUAUCGCCACCCCAGACGACAAGGAAGUGCAAAUAAAAGUCAUAUGCAGCGGGGUAAAUCCAGCAGAUAUUCGGCAUCCACGAUAUGCUGGACUUGUCGAUUCGAUCAUAGGAGAUGACUUUUGCGGCAGAGUCACCCAAACUCGCUCUACAAAGUUCAAAGUUGGCGAUAUAGUGGCUGGAUAUACACCACCUGGACUUCCCCGGCCAUAUAAGUAUGGCACUCACCAAGCAUUCCUAUGCUGCCCGGAGGACAUGUGCUUUCAUGUUCCUCCUAGUAUGCCCCACGAGCAUGCUGCAGCACUGACUGUGGUUGCAAUGACUGCAGCCGAUACACUUUACAAUUUGUUCUCUUUUCCACUGCCGACCGAGUCACGUCGACAAGAUUUGGGGCCACUGCUUAUAUGGGGUGGUUCAACCAGUGUUGGCGUUUGUACAAUACAACUAGCUCGGGAGAGUGGUUGCUUCCCAAUAUUCGUCACGGCAUCGCCAGAAAGGCAUGAAACUCUCCGAAAGCUUGGUGCAACUGCAUGUUUCGAUUAUUUGUCCCCGAAAGUGGUGAUGGAUAUCCAGGAGGCAACAGUUCAAGCGGGGUUCCAGUCGAUUCGGUACGCUUUCGAUGCCGUUGGGACAAAAGGUCGGCCCUCCUCCGCUCAGUUACUCUCAAAGUGUGCUUCUAAAGACACUAUUCUUGUCUCUGCUGUCGGCUCCCUGACUGGAAAAUUCAAGAUGCCUCUUGCCUGCAAGAAUAUAGAUGUCACGAUUAAACCUUUCUCCUUUUGGUUUAAAAUUACUCUUCGCAAGAAGCCGGAUGAACAUUGGCGGGCGUGGAAAGCUUUGACUUGGAUAACUGAAAAUUAUGGUCAAGAUCAAAAGUUUGUUCUUCCUCAGGUCCGAGUGUUUGAAGGAAGUGGAGAGGAAGUCAUCGACAUUGCAGAGAAGGUUGCCAUCGGGAAAGGGGGUUUUGGCAAGAUCGUUGUCAAACAGCCGAUGAACAAUAGCGGUGUACCUAUUUAG